AUGGAGUACGGGAGUGGAGGCGGUGGUGGGUCCCCCGGGGACCACCAUCACCACCACCACCACCUGCUGCACGACGGUUCUGAUUCACAGAGGAACAAGAAGCGAUACCAUCGUCACACAGCUAACCAGAUUCAGAGGCUUGAAUCAAUGUUCAAGGAGUGCCCCCACCCAGAUGAAAAGCAGAGAUUGCAGUUAAGCAGGGAACUAGGCUUGGCCCCUAGGCAGAUCAAGUUCUGGUUCCAGAACAGGAGGACCCAGAUGAAGGCCCAGCACGAGAGGGCUGAUAACUGUGCCCUUAGAGCAGAGAAUGACAAGAUUCGAUGCGAGAACAUAGCUAUCAGAGAGGCCCUCAAAAAUGUCAUUUGCCCUUCUUGUGGUGGCCCUCCUCUUCACGAGGAUUCCUAUUUCGACGAGCAAAAGUUGCGUUUGGAGAAUGCUCAAUUGAAAGAAGAGCUCGAUAGAGUAUCUAGCAUUGCGGCUAAAUACAUAGGAAGACCGAUUUCUCAGCUCCCUCCUGUGCAGCCUAUUCAUAUUUCAUCUCUGGACUUGUCGAUGGCAAGUUUUGGGAGCCAGACUAUGAUGGGUGGUCCCUCCCUUGAUCUCGAUCUUCUGCCUGGGAGUUCUUCAUCGGUUCCGAGCUUGCCUUAUCAGGCGGCCUCAUUUUCCGACGUCGACAAGUCCCUCAUGUCUGACAUUGCUGGAAAUGCUAUGGAUGAGUUGCUCAGGCUUUUGCAGACUAAUGAACCCUUGUGGAUGAAGUCAGGCACGGAUGGGAGAGAUGUUCUUAAUCUUGACGCUUACGGAAGCAUGUUUCCCAGAUCGAGUAGUCACCUCAAGAACCCCAAUGUUCGGGUCGAAGCGUCUCGAGAUUCUGGAGUUGUGAUUAUGAAUAGCUUGGCUUUGGUCGACAUGUUUAUGGACCCUAACAAGUGGAUGGAGCUAUUUCCCACCAUAGUCUCGAUGGCAUCAACGAUUAAAGUGAUAUCUUCUGGAGUGCUCGGUGGUCAUAACGGCGCUUUGCAAUUGAUGUAUGGAGAGCUUCAAGUGCUUUCUCCACUGGUUCCAACCCGAGAGUUCUAUUUUCUGCGAUACUGUCAGCAAAUUGAGCAAGGCUCAUGGGCGAUUGUGGAUGUUUCUUAUGAUUUUCCUCAAGACAACCAGUUUGCUCCUCAAUUUCGGUCUCAUCGAUUCCCUUCUGGCUGCUUGAUCCAGGAUAUGCCUAAUGGGUAUGCUAAGGUGACUUGGGUUGAACACGUAGAGAUUGAAGAUAAAACACCAAUUCAUCGUCUUUAUAGAAACCUUAUUUACAGUGGUUUGGCAUUCGGAGCAGAAAGGUGGCUUGCUACACUUCAAAGAAUGUGUGAAAGAUUCGCUUGUUUAAUGGUUACUAGCAAUUCAACUCGUGAUCUUGGAGGAGUGAUUCCCUCACCGGAAGGCAAGAGGAGCAUGAUGAAACUUGCUCAAAGGAUGGUCACCAAUUUCUGCACAAGCAUCAGUGCAUCUAACGGCCAUAGAUGGACUACGCUUUCUGGGUUUAACGACAUCGGCGUCAGAGUCACCGUCCAUAAGAGCUCCGAUCCCGGCCAACCAAACGGCGUCGUUCUCAGUGCAGCCACCACCAUCUGCCCCAUUCCGCCCCAGACCGUUUUCAAUUUCUUCAAGGACGAAAGGAAAAGACCUCAGUGGGAUGUUCUUUCGAACGGGAAUGCUGUGCAAGAGGUUGCUCAUAUAGCCAAUGGGUCUCACCCUGGGAACUGCAUAUCUGUUCUUCGAGCUUUCAACACGAGUCAAACAAACAUGUUGAUACUGCAAGAGAGCUGUGUGGACUCAUCAGGAUCCCUCGUGGUGUACUGUCCGGUGGAUCUUCCGGCAAUCAACAUCGCGAUGAGCGGCGAGGACCCAUCGUACAUCCCGCUGCUUCCGUCGGGGUUCACGGUGUGUCCGGACGGGCAGGUGGAGCAAGGCGGAGGAGACGGAGCGUCAAGCAGCUCAAGCACAGGAAGGAGAUCAGGUGGUGGGUCACUGAUCACGGUGGCGUUUCAGAUUCUGGUGAGCAGCCUGCCAUCUGCGAAGCUGAACUUGGAGUCAGUGACGACCGUUAAUAACCUCAUCGGCACCACUGUGCAGCAAAUUAAAGCAGCCUUGAAUUGUCCUAGUUCCUGA